AAUUUCUCCCACUUGCUGGCUUGGGGGUUAGGCAAGCUAAGCACGUAGGUCUUAGCUGAUGAUGGCCCUGCGCUUGUGCCCGGGGAAUGAGACGCUGACCAGCCUGGGCACCGCAAACGCCCCGCCCACCUUGACGUCACGAGCGCAACAAUCCCCAACUACAUCUCCCAGAGAGCUAAGCGGCUGCGCGGGCGCGCCCGUCCCCCCACCCCGUUCUGCCACAACUACGCGUCCCAAGAGGCACCGCGCGCCCUUGCCUCCUUGCACUGCGCAAGAGCGGAAGUGCGUGCGUUUCUAGCGUACUUCUAGGAGGCCGGUGCGCUUUGUACCUUCGUUUGGGUCCUGUGCUGAGAGGCGUCUGGCAUUACCGGUUUGGGCUUGUGGUUCCACAGCCACAAGGGCCACGCUGCAAAGAUGGGCGAGGAGGCCAACGAUGACAAGAAGCCCACGACCAAAUUUGAACUAGAACGAGAAACGGAACUGCGCUUCGAGGUGGAGGCGUCGCAGUCGGUUCAGCUGGAGCUGUUGGCUGGCAUGGCAGAGAUCUUUGGCACAGAGCUGACCCGAAACAAGAAGUUCACCUUUGACGCCGGGGCCAAGGUGGCUGUUUUCACUUGGCAUGGCUGCUCUGUGCAGCUUAGUGGCCGCACCGAGGUGGCCUACGUCUCCAAGGACACCCCUAUGUUGCUUUACCUCAACACUCACACGGCCCUGGAGCAGAUGCGGAGGCAGGCAGAGAAGGAAGAGGAGCGCGGCCCCCGAGUGAUGGUUGUGGGCCCCACAGAUGUGGGCAAGUCCACAGUAUGUCGGCUGCUGCUCAACUACGCAGUGCGUUUGGGCCGCCGUCCUACUUACGUGGAGCUGGAUGUGGGCCAGGGCUCUGUGUCCAUCCCUGGCACCAUGGGAGCCCUGUACAUCGAGCGGCCUGCAGAUGUGGAAGAAGGUUUCUCUAUCCAGGCCCCGCUGGUCUAUCAUUUUGGCUCCACCACUCCCGGAACCAACAUCAAGCUGUACAAUAAGAUCACAUCCCGCCUUGCAGAUGUGUUUAACCAGCGGUGCGAGGUGAACCGGAGGGCAUCCGUGAGUGGCUGUGUCAUAAACACGUGCGGCUGGGUCAAGGGCUCGGGCUACCAGGCGCUAGUGCAUGCAGCCUCUGCCUUUGAGGUGGACGUAGUCGUGGUGCUGGACCAGGAGCGGCUAUACAACGAGCUCAAGCGGGACCUGCCUCACUUCGUGCGCACCGUGCUGCUCCCCAAGUCUGGGGGCGUGGUGGAGCGCUCGAAGGACUUCCGGCGGGAGUGCAGGGACGAGCGCAUCCGAGAGUACUUCUAUGGCUUCCGGGGCUGCUUCUACCCCCACGCCUUCAACGUCAAGUUUUCCGAUGUGAAGAUCUACAAGGUCGGCGCCCCCACCAUCCCCGACUCCUGUCUCCCGCUGGGCAUGUCCCAGGAGGACAACCAGCUCAAGCUGGUGCCCGUCACCCCGGGCCGGGACAUGGUUCACCACCUGCUGAGCGUCAGCACGGCCGAGGGCACUGAGGAGAACCUCUCGGAGACCAGCGUGGCCGGCUUUAUCGUGGUGACCAGCGUGGACCUGGAGCACCAGGUGUUCACGGUGCUGUCUCCUGCGCCCCGCCCUCUGCCCAAGAACUUCCUGCUCAUCAUGGAUAUCCGGUUCAUGGACCUCAAGUAGGGGCAGGCAGGAGGCUGCGCCCCUCCGUAAGAAGCACAUAUUCAGCCUCUGGCACCAGACUUCUGAUCUGGAGCCAGAGCGGGCCAUGAAGAUGUGACUGCCUUUUUGGAUCAUCCAGGAUGCUCUUUGGAACUCUUAAGGCCUUGGAGAAUUUCUCCUUUGUCACUGUGCCUCUAUUUGGACUAUUUUUGUUUUUUCCAAUACCAGGGAUCAAUCUCAGGACCUUGCACUUGCCAGGCAGGCGAGGUACCACUGAGCUACAUCUCCCGCCCUCUAAUUGGACUAUUCUUAAUUACUACUUUGUAUGAAAUAUAUACAACUGUGUAUCUUAUUUAUUCAGGAUAAAAGGAUACAUUAGAG